GAGAUGCAGAUCUUUGUGAAGACCCUGACUGGCAAGACCAUCACCCUUGAGGCUGAGCCCAGUGACACCGUUGAGAAUGUCAAAGCUAAAAUCCAAGACAAGGAGGGCAUCCUGCCUGACCAGUAGUGACUGAUUUUUGCAGGCAAACAGCUGGAAGAUGGCUGCACUCUCUCAGACUACAACAUUCAGAAAGAGUCCACCCUGCACUUGGUGCUUCGUCUGCAUGGUGGCAUCAUCGAGCCCUCCCUCUGCCAGCUUGCCCAGAAGUACAACUGUGACAAGAUGAUCUGCCGCAAGUGUUAUGCCCAUCUGCACCCCCGCGUUGCCAACUGCUGCAAGAAAUGUGGCCACACCAACAACCUGUGCUCCAAGAAAAAGUUAAAUAAGGCCCCUCCAUCAUCUCCUCUGGCUUACAGGGUGGUCUUCUGCCUAAUCCCUAUGACCCUGGGCCUCAAUAAAGUUUCACUUUCAUUGACUGGAGCAGACCAAAAUAAAUAA